AUGCGGCCAGAAGACAGUCAAAGGGUUCAUCUCAUCAAUGCUUUUCGUCGAUACGGGUAUUUACAGGCUGAAUUAGAUCCACUUGGUCUGCGGAUUUCGAAGGAGUUGGUUUUUUUUCAUAAGACAGAAGGUUGA